AUGGGUGAUGAAGAGUUAGAUAGAGAAACCAAACUGGCCGGAGUACCUACCGGAGCUUCCCGUCUCCGGCGAGCUGUGGAACUCAUUUCUUCAUUACUCUCUCUUUCCCUGUCGAUUAGAGUCUUCGCCGGAAAAUGGCAGCUUAUUCGGAACAAGCUUGAGGAGCUUCAUUCGGGUUUAAUCGCUGCCGAGAAUUGCGAUUCCGGUGAGAAUCCGUCGCUAUCGAGGUUAGUGACUUCGAUAGUUGCGACUGUAAAUGAGUGUCACGAUCUAGGUCAGCGUUGCGUCGAUGUUGCGUAUAGUGGGAAGUUGUUGAUGCAGAGUGAUUUGGACGUAGCGUUUGCGAAACUUGAUGGGGUUGCGAAGAAGCUUUCGGAGAUAUAUAAAACGGGGAUUUUGACAAAUGGGUUUGCGCUAGUUGUUUCAAAACCGAGUCUUGGGGCUUGUAAGGAGGAUAUGAGGUUUUAUGUGAGAGAUAUUUUGACGAGGAUGAAGAUUGGUGAUUUGGGUAUGAAGAAAAUGGCUUUGAGGAAUCUUCUUGAGGUUGUGGUUGAGGAUGAGAAGUAUGUGAAGGUGAUUGUUGUGGAUGUUGGUGAUGUUGUUCAUGUGCUUGUGGGGUUUUUGGGUUCUGGUGAGGUGGAGAUUCAGGAAGAGAGUGCUAAGGUUGUUUUUGUGGUGGCUGGUUUUGAUUCUUAUAAAGGGGUUUUGGUUAGUGCUGGUGUGAUUGCACCGUUGAUUCGGGUUUUGGAUUGUGGGAGUGAAUUGGGGAAAGUUGCGGCCGCCAGGUGUUUGAUGAAAUUGACCGAGAAUUCGGAUAAUGCUUGGGCUGUUUCUGCUCAUGGUGGUGUUACUGUGUUGUUGAAUAUUUGUGGGAAUGAUGAUUGUAAAGGGGAUUUGGUUGGUCCGGCUUGUGGGGUUUUGAGAAAUCUUGUUGGUGUUGAGGAGGUUAAGAGGUUUAUGGUUGAAGAGGAUGCUGUGGCGACGUUUAUAAGGCUUGUGAAAUCGAAGGAGGAAGCGAUUCAGGUGAAUUCCAUAGGAUUCAUUCAGAAUAUUGCCUUUGGAGAUGAGUUGAUUAGGGAAAAGGUGAUUAGAGACGGUGGAAUCCGAGCUUUGUUACGUGUUUUGGAUCCGAAAUGGUCCUAUUCUUUGAAAACAAAGGUAGUAGCAAUGAGGGCUAUUGAAAGUUUGUGUUUUACUUCAUCCAGCUCUAGUUGGCAUUAA